AUGCUGCCCUUCUGCUCCUCCGCCGCGCCCACCCCAUGCUCCCCGCUCUGCCCGGUGACCGCCGGCGCGCGGGCGCUGCGGAGGGUCGAGGCCGGCGCGCUCAGGCCCUUCGCCGCCGACCCGCUCGUCGCGCAGGCGGUGCCUGACCGCCCGCUCUUCUCCGACUCCGCCAUCGUCUCCCCCUACGCCACCGCGCCGGACGACAUCGUGCGGGGGUUCGCCUCCGCCGCCGAGCUGCCCGACCCCCUCUGGCGCGCUGGGGUUGACCCGCCGCUGAUGCCCGUCGACCUGGCCGCGGACGCUGUGGUCGGCGCGGUCACCGACGAUGCCGCGCAGCAGGCCCUGAUGGACGCGGAGAUGCCCACCACGUUCCCGGCCGACGCCACCGGCGUCGAGGAGUCCGUGGCCAGGUUCAUCGACAAGCUCAGCAAGCAGAUAUUCCAGGCGGAGGACGCGCUCACCGAAGGCUACGACAAGCUCAGGCUGUCGGCGUACGACGCUCUCGGGGCCUACAGGAAGGCGAUAAGGGGCGUCGCUGGUGGCAUCACCUCCUCGGUGGCUGCCACCAAGAAGCAGGCCGCCGGUGGGGUCCCGGACGUUCCCGGUGCAUUUGAAGAUAAGGUGGCCGGAGCUGGCGCCGUGGCGGCUGAUGUUCUUAGGAAGGCAAUUGUUGUUGCAGAGGAUUCACUGGGCAGUGCAACCACGUCCCUCGUAUACUACUAUGGCUCGGCCAAGUCGUCGUUGCCACCAAAUGUCAAAGAUUUGCUGAACUCAUCCGAGGAGAAAGCUAGCAUAGUAUUGCGACCAAUUGGAAGUGCCCUUCAACAGGUAUACAUUAUCAUCGAAGGCAUCGGAAAGAAUGUUGGUUUGAACCCAAGUGACCCAAUUGUUCAAUUAGCAGUUUUGCUUGGAGGUUCAACAACAAUAGGGAUAUCUUACUGGCUCUUCGCAUAUGGUGGUUAUUCUGGAGACUUGUCACCUGAAUCGACAUUGGAGUUAUUGAAAAGUGAUGGCAAAGCCGUACUUGUUGAUGUUCGGCCUGAGGACUUGAGGGUGAAAGAUGGAAUUCCUGACCUACGCCGUGCAGCUAGAUCUAAAUAUGCAAGUGUUGCUUCGCCUGAGAUCAAAGGUCCAACAAAGAAGCUACUUAAAGGUGGAAAUGAAGUUGAUGAUGCUUUGGUUGCAGUUGUAAUCCGCAACCUGAAGUUGGUUAAGGGUGAUUCAAAGGUCAUCAUUAUGGAUGCUAAUGGAACCCGAUCAAAGUCCAUUGCUAGGCUACUGAAGAAGCUUGGUGUGCAGCAACCUUACCUGGUUAAAGGUGGUUUCCAAUCUUGGGCAAAGAAUCUUCGUGUGAAAGAACUGAAACCUGAGACUGCAUUGACAGUAAUAAAUGAGGAUGCCGAGGAAAUCCUAGAAGGCAUAAAGCCCACCCCUACACUUGUCUUUGGAUCUCUUCUGGGCCUCUCAGCAGUGACUUAUGCUUUGCUAGAAUGGGAGACGACUUUGCAGUACAUCGGUGUUCUUAGUCUUGGGUUGACAAUCUACCUGCGGUUCUCUACGUACGAGGGUUCGGAGGAUUUUCUGCAAGACCUAAAGCUGUUGCUGUCCCCACUAAGAGUGGGCGCGGAAGCGUUCUCGUGGGCAGCUAAGAAGCUAGAGCCGAACAAGAUUGGCCUGGCGACGUCCCCCUCCACGACGGCGGUGCAGGACCGAGUUCUCAAAGCGGCAGCGAAGCACGAAUCGAAGCCGUCUGAUGCGGAGGAGUCCACCAAGACAGACAGUUUUGCCUCCGAAGCAUGA